GCUCUAAGGGAAGACGCCACCGUCGGAAAACCAGUUUCAUUCACCGAAGCUUUUAAAGGAUGCAAGUCGCCUCAAACACUCGUAGAAUUUCAAGGGUCGUGAGAGCACCACUUUUGAUUCACCAGGAGCGUUUUUCAAUCUCUGAUUAUGUUGAGAAACAACAUAUUAAGCAGAGGAGCUUUUCAGUUCAUAUUUCCAAAAUAUCAGGAAGCAUUUGUGGCGUUUCAUUACCGGUAUCAAACAAUGUUAAAUUCCUAGGGCAUCAUCCAAUGUGCUCUAUGAUGGGUAGGGCUUGUUUUGCAUCCGAAGCAAGUGCAACAGAAGGAGGCCCUUCAGAGGCUGUGAAGGAGGUGUACGAGAAAAUGCUUAAGUCUGUUGAAGCUGAAACUAUGCCUCCAAAUGCAUGGAUGUGGUCAUUGAUCGAAAAUUGUGUAAAUCGCGAGGACAUUGCACUUUUAUUCCAAAUGUUACAGAACCUCCGAAGAUUUAGACUGUCAAACCUUCGUAUUCAUGCGAAUUUUAAUUGCAAUCUUUGCUUAAGAGUUACUGAGGCAUGUGCACGUGUGGGGGCCAUUGACUUCGGCAAGAAGGCACUAUGGAAGCAUAAUGUGUAUGGGUUGACCCCAAGUGUUGGAUCUGCACAUUAUAUAUUGUUCUAUGCUAAAGAGCAGAAAGAUACUAAUCUUAUGGUGGAAAUAAUGAGACUUCUGAAAAAGAACUCCUUGCCAUUACAACCUGGUACAGCAGAUAUUGUUUUCAGAAUUUGUUUUGAAACGGAUAAUUGGGAGUUGAUCUCAAAGUAUUCAAAAAAGUUUAUAAAGGCUGGAGUGAAUCUUCGUCGAACAACUUUUGACACCUGGAUGGACUUCGCUGCCAAAAGAGGUGAUACCGAGUAUUUAUGGAAAAUUGAAAAGCUUAGAUCAGAUUCCAUGAAGCAGCAUACGCUUAAGAGUGGAUUUUCUUGUGCUAAGGGUUUAUUACUUGAGCGUAAGCCUGAGAGUGCUGCUGCUGUUAUUCAUGCCCUCAAUCAGAACCUGCCUGACAAAAUGAAGCCAGGUAUUGCGGUUGAACUUGAGAAGUUGGUGAGCAAAUGGCCUUAUGAAGUUGUUGAACACCAAAAGAAAGAAGACAGUAAGGCAUUCGCUAGCUCCUUGGUGAAUGAUAUCCGUGCGAUGAUCACUGGUCUCCUGCACAUGGGUUUAGAGGUGACAGUGAAUCUAGAGGAUCUGACUAAUAAAGCCAUCCCAUCCUGAACCAUCAAGUGGAAGUCAUGCAUAAAAACAGGCUGUUUACAAAAAAACUGGACAAAAUGAACACAAGAAAGAGGAUAUUUGUCUUUCAGCCACGGUUUGCAGAAAAGGACUGCUGGCAAUCAACUUUAAUGUGGAGGCAUAGUUCAAACUUCCGAAGCCUAAUAACAUCCUCUGUUUCACUGAAAAAUUUUGUUGUCGUACCAUGAUGUUUUGAUAUUUCAUUUGACUUGUAAUUCUUUCAAUAUUAUUGGCAUGUGUU